AUGAAAUUUAUAUCUUCUCUCCUAUUCCUCUUCGGAGGAUUGACGGCAUCUGCUGCAGUCAUUGAAAAACGUGCUACCAGCUCCUUCCAUUUGUAUGCGUAUGGUACCGGUAUUGGUGGACUUCCAAUAUAUUACUCUGAUGGAAAUGCAUUUGUCGGUAACAAAAUUCCAUCCGGAUCCACCGUCAACACAAACAUCACAUUCGCACCAAGCUCAUCCAGUGAAUGGAUCAUCACACCAACCACUGCCAACGUCACUCUCACCAACUCAAAAUCCUCAGCACUCUUUAUCAACCCCUCCAGCAAAGCUCUCACGAAUGUUGGGUUCACUGCAUCUGAUUCAUCAACCGUUGCGACAAGAGGUUUCCUCGCUUUUGGUAACUGGGCUAUGUGGAAGAGCCCCGAUACCUCGCAGAUCUCAUCGAGUUUCUAUGCGACGCCGGUGUCGGAUGGUAUAUGGCAAUUGAAAUGGAAUGCGGAUGAAAUGGAUGAUGGAUCGAGUGUGGGUGUGGCUAUUAGAAAGAUGGCUCCUAGUAGUUGA